GAAUUUAUUAGUGUUGAAAAUUUACGGGUGCUAGUUUAGUGGUGUAAUCUUAAACGGCAUUUUGUUAUCCUGCACUAGAUUUAAUUCAAAUAGAUUUUAAUUUUAUAAUGAGACAAUAAUUAGACAUUUAUAUUUAAUUGCAUUUUCUGUAUUGCGCAAUCAUAAAGGACAACUGACUGUAUAUUGUUUUCUGCAAGUUUUGGUGUUCUUCCGUAGUAGCAUAUGUGGGUGCUACAAAUUGUAUAAAACAACAGUUUUUUUCUUGUGCGUACACGUAUUGUUUGAAGUAUAGCGCGAUAAAAGCAACGUGCUCCAACAUGAGUGAUUCACAGCAGCCAUCAGGUUCACGGAAACACUCUUCUUCGGUAAAUACAAUUGACAGCAAUGCUGAAGCGAAUCAGCCAAUGCUCAACCCUGAAGAGGCGGAGGAAGAAAGAAAGAAUAUGCAGAAGAUCAUAGCAGCUUUACGUUAUUAUCAAAAAUACUGCUAUUCACGCGUCAAUAAGACUGAAAGCUACCUCAACAGUCUUCCUCUACACCAUCAAGGCAUGUUGGUCAAAUACAGAAAUCAUUUGCGUGUAGUAAGAGAUUGUAUUGACGAAAAUCAGAAGGUCAUUAGAAAAAUGCUACGUGACAAUGCCGGGUUAAUUGAUAUGGUCGGAUCCUGUGAACAGGUGCAUGUAGCACAGAAGGAUAUAGAUGGGCAUAUUGCAAAAAUAAGACAUCAAGAUAUGGAGCAUCAAGCUGAUGUUGAACCUUUUGAAAUUUUAAAGGCCCAAUCGACAUUAAAGUUAAUCGCCCGCGACUGGAGUGAUGCCUGUGCAGAGGAACGUGAACAAUCGUACAAGCCGAUUAUCGAAGCAGUUGAAGAGUUCUUCAAGCCUGGCGAAUUCGCACUUAAUGAAGUCAAGAUUCUUGUGCCAGGCGCUGGACUCGGUCGUUUAACCUAUGAAUUAGCCUGCCGUGGUUAUGAUUGUGAGGGCAAUGAAUACUCCUAUUUUAUGUUAAUCGCCUCGUAUUUUGUGUUAAAUCUCUGUACGGAGGUAAAUAAAUAUACGCUUUAUCCCUGGGUACAUCAGUAUGUAAAUAACUUACGUAUGGCUGAUCAGGUGGCGCCUGUACGCUUUCCCGAUGUUUCGCCAGCGGCGAAUCCACCUAAAGGAAAUAUAAUGAUGGCAGCGGGUGAUUUCUUGGAGGUCUACAAAACGCCCAACAGCUAUGAUUGUGUCGCCACUUGUUUCUUUAUUGACUGCGCCAAUAAUAUUGUGGAUUUUAUUGAAACUAUUUUUAGAAUACUAAAACCCGGUGGUAUUUGGGUUAACUUAGGUCCACUGCUCUAUCACUUUAGCGAUAUACAGGGUGAGAAUAGUAUUGAACCAACGUUCGAAAAUUUGGAAUUAAUCAUCAAAAUGGCUGGUUUUGAAUUUCUGCGUUGCGAAACCGGUGUACGCACUAAAUAUGCACAAAACCCACAGUCAAUGUUGAAGAGUGAAUAUGAAAGCCUGUUUUGGAUUUGCCGAAAGUCGCAAAAUGCAACUGAUCCUACAGAUCAAUUUGAUGAUGAUGCGGAUGAGUUAGUCGGUGGCGGCAGCAACAACGGCAGCGCCAGCAGUAGUCGAUAUGCAGAUUGCUAUAGCAACGGUUAUAGAAAUGCCUACCAGCAUCAAUAGUAAUGACAACAUCAGGAGAUUCGAAUUGAGUUGAGAGACGACAAAUAAACAGAGUGAAAGUACACUUCUUUAGCAAUUAGUAUAGUAUAACAAUUAUAGUUUUUUUUUUUAAUACCAGCAUACCUACAAACGUUGAACGAUGUUUUUUUCAUUUCAUAACAUGCAUAUAAAAGCGAAUAAGUAUGAAUAUAGAAUGGCUAUGAGAUGACUCACAUAUACAUACAUAUGUAUGUUGUGUGAAGAUAAUUGAAUUUCAAUUAGUGCACAUGAAAUGUGUUUUUUUAAGUUUCUUUACAAAAAAUAUAUGCUCGAAAAAAAGCUGAAAGUAUGUAUAGUUAUUUAAGUAAAGUAUUAUCGACAUGAAGAAUAUUAUUUGAAUUAAGCGGUAUACGCUGGAAACCCGGUAGGACGUACCCACAUGUUUUCUAUUGUAAACGCAUUGACCAAUGUUUUAUUUUUCCUUUCAUUUUACAUAUAUGUAUGUACCUUAUAAAGUUAAAUGGAAAUUUUUUAUUUUUGCUUCUUAUUUUUUUGCAUCCAUCAAUGAUAGUAAUAAAUUAGUAACAAAUUUA